AAUCAUUUGCCAUCAACAUGCUGCUGAAGUGUCUUUUACUGUUGGCCUGUUCUUUAGCCGUAGGCAACGCUUCAUUUCCACCCGGCACAGUUUUGGACAUACAAUUGGGCAAUGUGAUAGUUGAGCAAUUUAUCUAUCUACCCACUGGCAACGGUUACAAAUAUGGCUAUGGACUGGCAGAUGGAUCGAGGCGCGACGAGGUGGGUAUUAUACUCACUGGGGACACUCCACAACAGGAUCAGGUCAAUGCCAAUAACUAUAAGCGUAAUGAACGUCCUCCGAAGCGUCCGGGCGUGAAAAAUCGCAAGCUGGCGCCAAAGUCGCUGCAAUCGCUCGCAGGCUAA